GGGCCGGAGGGCAAAGCCGCGGCUGAAGGAAGAAAGUUCAAGUGCGGCUUUUCCGAUCGCUCCUACGGAGCCUCCGCCGACCGUCUUUCGGGGAGCCAGCCAAGCCAGUAAGCCAGCGCGUCCAGGAGCGAUCGGUCCCUCGGGCUUCUUCCACUCCGGGGCUUCGAGCCUUUUUCUUUUUUUUUCAUCCCCGCGCCGGUGGGCGGCCAAAGGGCGACCCUGGAGACCAACCUGGCCCUCUCGCUUCUGCCGGCUGCCGCAGGGCUGGAGGCCUCCGCUUGCCUGCCCCCCGCGGACCCGGUCUCCCCGAAAGGACUGAACUCGACCGCCUGGUGUCUCCAGCCGGACCCGAGCCGGGCUCAGAGUGCCUGGAACAAGUGCAGCGGCGCCGGCGGGGCCCGCGACUGGUUCCCGGCUCCGCGGAGGAAAGUUUGUGCCAGCGACCAGAUGGGCUCCGACGUCCGCGACCUCAACGCUCUGCUGCCGCCGUCGGUGCCGCCCCUGCCGGGCAACGGGAACUGCUCCAUGCCGGUGAGCAGCGCGACGCAAUGGGCUCCGGUGCUGGAUUUCCCGCCGGCGGCCUCUUACGGCUCGCUGGCCCCGCCGCCCUCGGCCUUCAUCAAGCAGGAGCCCAGCUGGAGCUCCGGCGAGCCCCACGAGGACCAGUGCCUGAGCGCCUUCACCGUCCACUUCUCCGGCCAGUUCACCGGUACGGCCGGCGCUUGCCGCUACGGCCCCUUUGCGCCGCCCCCGCCGCCCAGCCAAGCGCCCUCCGGCCAGGCGCGGAUGUUCCCCAACAGCCCUUACCUGCCCAACUGCCUCGAGAGCCAGCAAGCCAUCCGCAAUCAAGGUUACGGCACAGUGGCGUUUGAUGGAGCUCCAAGUUACGGCCAUACUCCCUCUCACCCUGGGGCGCAGUUUACAAACCACUCCUUCAAGCACGAGGACCCCAUCGGCCAGCAGACGCCUUUAGGGGACCAACAGUAUUCAGUGCCUCCCCCAGUGUACGGCUGCCACACUCCUACAGACAGUUGCUCCAGUAGCCAGGCUCUUCUCCUGAGGAACCCUUACAACAGUGAUAAUAUAUACCAAAUGACUUCUCAGCUUGAAUGCAUGACAUGGAACCAAAUGAACUUGGGAUCCACACUUAAGGGCCAUGGAACAGGAUAUGAAAGUGAUAAUCACGCAGCCCCAAUGUUAUACAGUUGUGGGGCACAGUACAGAAUACAUACCCAUGGAGUUUUUAGAGGAAUUCAAGAUAUGCGGCGGAUGUCUGGAGUGGCUCCAACAAUUGUUAGAUCAGCAAGUGACACAAAUGAAAAGCGACCUUUCAUGUGCGUGUAUCCCGGCUGUAACAAGAGAUAUUUCAAAUUGUCUCAUUUGCAGAUGCAUGGUAGAAAACACACUGGAGAAAAACCGUAUCAGUGUGACUUUAAGGACUGUGAACGAAGAUUCUCUCGUUCAGAUCAACUCAAAAGGCAUCAAAGGCGACACACAGGUGUAAAACCAUUCCAAUGUAAAACCUGUCAGAGAAAGUUCUCCCGAUCUGAUCAUCUGAAGACUCACACUAGGACUCAUACAGGUAAAACAAGUGAAAAACCUUUCAGCUGUCGGUGGCCCAGCUGCCAAAAGAAAUUUGCUCGUUCUGAUGAAUUGGUCCGUCAUCAUAAUAUGCACAACAGGAACAUGACUAAACUUCAGCUUACCCUUUAGAUGUUUCAUACUUUUUGCACAACCCAGAUGGAAUACUAUGAACUGUUGCAAACAUUUUCAGCUAUCAUCUCUUUGCUCAGAAGGAAAUCUUCAGAUGCCUUCAGCUUGGACUUUGGAAUUUUCCAUCGCAGACCUCAAAUGGUUUAAAUUUGUAACAUUAUUAUAUAACUACAUUGGCUAGGUUACACUUUAAAUUUUGCUAUAGACUCUAGUUUAUGUAUAUUUGUUCUUUCCUUCAGAAGAUUUUGUACUUAUUUUUUACUUGAAAUUUGUCACAGUGCUCAGUCAUACUCAUACAUAAUGAAUGGUAUAUGCAAACGUCAAUUCAUACUGCAGUCCUGUACAAUAUAUAUCAGAUUAUCCAAGGCAGGACAAUUUUAUUCUCUUUGGAGAAUUUUUACAUAAACAAACUAGUCCAAAUCCUCACUUGCAACUCUCAGAACUGUGGAUGUAAUAUUUUUAUAUAAAUAAAUAGACAUAAACAACACAUUUGAGAGGUGAGGGUAAAUGCAUCUCCCGCUAUGCAAUGAACUGUUGCAUCUCACAAUUAUUUUGUGAUUUUCCCACGUAUCUCCACAUUGAAGGUAGGGCAUGUAUAGGGAGAAUUGCCUAUCCUGCGAGGCCCCUUCAAACUCCAUUGAAUAUUUGUUGCGUGUAUGCUUCUGUGCGUCCAUGUGUGCAUGUGUUUGUGUGUGUAUAAGUCAGAUUGUGCAUGCUGUUAACAUCUUGAUAUAUACACUUAUUUAUCUGCAUAGAGAUGAUAAGCUUAUACUAUGUAUGUGUAUUCUUUCUCUGUUUAAUUGGGAAUUUUGCCUUUGCAGGAUUCCCUGUCAUAUGGGGACAGCCUAAUACACAUAGUCAUGCAUUCAUAUGUUGUGUGCAAAUCCUGAUUAUGCAUUACUUGUGACCAAUUGCCACGAUGAUCCUAUGUAUGUUCAGUAAACAUGUUCUAAAAGAUCUAUAUGAUGCCAAGACUGAUAAUGAAACAAUGAUGAAUUUCUAGUUUAUCUUAUUUUUGGAAAACCUAGGAGCUGAAAGAGAUUUUCUAGAACUUGCUUAUGGAAGAGAAACAGAUAUUCAUUUCUAAAAGUUAAGGAGGGAUCAUCCCUAUGUCUGUUUUUUUAUCUUAACCCAUCACAUUUGCAUUUAGAUAUACAACCUAUCAUUCCUUUUUUGCCCUGAUUUUUUUUUUAAAAAGCAGAAAGUUACAAUGUAUGUGAAAUCUUGACAAUGCAAUCCUGUCCUGAAAAUCACCACCACUGAACUAUUGGACAGAUAACCGAGCCAAUAUACAUAAAAGUGCUGUCUAUUGCAUAGUACUAUCAUUCUGUGACGUAACAGAAUAUUGCUUCCAAAUUUGGUGAUAUCAAUGGAUUCAAUAUUUUAUGUACUAAAAAUGAGAUUCUUGCACCGAAGUUGACUAAUUUUUAUCAAUAGGUGCCAUGUAGAGAAAUUGCACGAUUUUUUUUGUAUUGUGAAGCUGGUAUAAAUUGAGAAUAGGUCCUAGCACAACAUAUGGUCAUAUAAUUAUAGAAAUUUAGGAUUUCUUUACCAUGCAGCCAUGCUGGUUAUAUGGCUGGCAAGUUGUAUAAAAUUAAAAUUGAACUUAAGAGGCUGGUCCAGAUUUUCCAUUAACAUAUGGCUCUUAAGCUUAAACAAAUAGCUCUUAAGUGACUUAAACCUCAUUUACAAUUAUAUGUGCAAGAAACCGAAAAAUAAAAUUUGAAAAUGCCCAGUGUGAGGAAAUAUAUUAUUUCAGGAUUUGAGGUUUAUUAUUUACUAUGAAUUGAUUGAAAUGGUGUAUAUAUCUCUAUCUAUAAAUAUAUAUAUAUAUAUAUAUCAAGUAAUGUAUUUGCUUUUAAAUAAUUAAAUUUAGAAAGCAAAUAAAU